AUGAAGACGGUCACCUUCUCCCUCGCCCUAGCCGCUCUCUCGGUCCUCGUUGCCGCUGACAACGGCCAUAGCGACACUCGUCGCUCCCGCCUUCCCGCCACAAAGCGCUGCACCGGCACCAUUGCUUCGCUCGACGAUGUUGCCGCGGCACAGCGAUGCGCAACGAUUAAUAUCGAGCCCUUCACCGUGCCGGCUGGCAAGACGUUCGAGCUUGAUCUCGUCGAUAACGCCGUCGUCAACGUUCUCGGUGACAUCAAGUUCGGCACGAAGCAGUGGGAGGGCCCGCUCGUCCAGGUCUCGGGCAAAAACGUUCAGUUCAACGGAAACGGACACAAGUGGGAUGGGCAGGGCUCGUACUAUUGGGACGGGAAGGGCGCGAACGGAGGCAAGACGAAGCCGAAGUUCUUCAAGGUCAAGUUCAGCGGCACGAUGGAUUCGGUCUACCUCCUCAACCAGCCAGUCCAAGGCUUCAGCGUCUCCAACCCCUCCAAGCUUGUCAUGUCGAACAUCGUCGUCGACGUGAAGGCGGGUGCAAGUCUCGGCCACAACACCGAUGCCUUCGACAUCUCGUCUGCAAAAGACCUCACGAUUGAUGGCGCAACGGUGACCAACCAAGACGACUGCGUCGCCAUCAACGACGGCACGGGCAUCACGAUCCAGAACUCGGUCUGCACCGGCGGGCACGGCAUCUCUGUUGGCUCGAUCAAGACGGGCAAGCAUGUCAGCAACGUCGUCAUCAAGAACAACAAGAUCAUCGACAACGACAACGGUCUUCGCAUCAAGACUUACGUCGGUGCGACCGCCGCCAGCGUCUCAAAUGUACAGUACAUCGGGAACACCGUUACGAACGCCAAGAAGUACGGCGUGGUCAUCGAGCAAGACUACACGAAUGAUGGCGCUACUGGCAAGGCAACUAACGGCGUCCCCAUCAACGGCGUCUACUUCACCGGCUCGACAAACAACGUCUCGGUCGGAUCGAAGGCGCAGCGAGUCUACGUCCUCUGCGCAUCCGGUUCGUGCUCGAACUUUGACUUUACGGCGCUCAAAACGUCGGGCGGAUCUGCCGGCUCCAUCAAGGGCGCAGCCGUCAAGGGCUACUCGCUCUAA